CAGCUGGUGAUCAGCAGAAGUAGCCUGCAGUACUGCAUUCUAACCACUGUGCCAUCUCAGCUCAAUAUACAAACACUCCUAAGGCAUAUGCAGAGCACCAGAUUGAAAAAGGCUGGUGAUGAUGGAAAUCAUAUCUUAUUAGAAAUUGUAGAAAAUAUUCGUAACUCAGGUUGUAGAUUUGGGCAGAUGUUUGUCCUGGGAGUUUGCUGCUUGGCUCCAAGAUGUUUCAGUACCAAACUAGGUAACAUCUUCAGGGGGAGCGGGGGUGAGUGAAGUGAAUCAACCAACCAGGAUCUAUAUAACGGAACAAGACACUUCACCCAAAAAGCUGAAGAUGUUACCUAGGUUGGUUAAUGAAACAUCCAGGAGCCAAGCAGGAAGCUCCCAGAACGAACCAUAUUAUGUUAUCUUACUAUAUUCUUCCAAAGGGCCAGAAGGUCAAAACUCAGCAAGCCUCAUCAACCCAUCAGCUAGCAAUGGGGGAGAGGUACUGAGAAAUAAAAGCAGUCUCCCUCCCCUUUAUUUGCAGUGGGGUCUCCGCUGGACCAGCCCAAUGCAGUGCAAGAGCAAUGGAUCUAGGCUUAUAUUUGGCUCGCUUCUUCGAGGCAAGGGCUACCGCCUGUCAACUUCGACCUCCGCGGGCUCGGGGAACAGAUUAUAGCCACGGCGCGGGCCAACUGGCUGAAGCUCUUUCUUCCACCGGGUCAAUUCGAAUCAACGCUACUUUUUUUUCUUUCCCCAGCCGGUUUUCCGCCCACCUUAUCCCGCGCUCCAGCUGUUCGGGUUUGAGUCCCUCCCUCGGUCACUCCGUGGAUUGGGCGAGCGCAGGAAGCAAGACGAACCGGAUUCGCUUUCGCGGCUAGAAAAACCGACCAGGCACAGAUGGGCCCGGUUUGGUCGAUUCCGGAUUGGAGCGGGUGUUUAACGGGCCGAGAUCGUCAUCUCGGGGGGCUGAGCGCGGGUUCCUCCUCUUUCCUUAGCUCCUCCAGCCGCGUCGCCAGCACCAUGGCCGAGGUGCCCCCAGUGGUCCGGAUCAAGGUCUCCCUCAAGAUCCAGCCGAAUGACGGCCCCGUCUUCUUCAAGGUGGACGGCCAGAGGUUCGGUCAGAACCGCACCAUCAAAUUGCUGACGGGGGCCAAAUACAAGGUCGAGGUGGCCCUGAAGCCGGGGACCGUCCACGCCACGACAAUGGGAAUAGGUGGAGUGACUGUGCCUCUUGAAGAGACAGCAAGAGAACCACAACUUGUUACUUACACUGGCAUCUAUGACACAGAAGGAGUUCCUCAUACCAAAAGUGGGGAAAGACAACCUAUACAAGUCAACCUACAGGUCACUGACCUUGGGGCUUUUGAAACAGUCUGGCAAGUCAAAUUUUACAACUAUCACAAGCGAGACCACUGCCAAUGGGGAAACAGCUUUGGCUGCAUUGAGUAUGAAUGCAAACCCAACGAAACGCGCAGCCUCAUGUGGAUCAAUAAGGAAACCUUCUUCUGAAGUGAGGCAACUGUGUCUGGACAAUUGCUUGGUGAAAUAACUGAUCUUCAAACCAGUGCAAAGCCUUACUCAGGCCCUCGGUUGUAGAUGUGUUUGUGGAAUAAACCGGAUUCCUCCCUUUCCCCAUCCCACAACACAAAUAGGUUUCCUUUGAAGCUGACGAGACUCGCUUCCAAGUGAGUAGGUUGGAAACGGUGGUCACAAGAAAUGAGUGUUGCUGGGAAGAUGGCUCCUGCUCCCUCUCUAAAUGUGAACGGCCCCUCACUGGGGUGAAUGGGCAAAAGAUGAUAUUGCAAUAUCCACUAGGUUCUAGAAGCUCCCUUUCCAUAAUCAUCCUGAGAUGCACUGUUUGUGACACCCCCAAAUCAUUGUUUUUAGAAUGUUAUCUGCUCUACAUGGUAAUAACAGUUUCUCUCUUUUUGUGCUCAGUCUGGUUCUCAUUCAUGCUACCAAGUAUUGUGAAAUGCAGCUUCACUGCUGCCGCUGUGCUCUGAAAUUCAGGAUACCUUCUCCUUUCUACUAAUGCUUUUCCAGAACUGAGGAAGUUACUGGACUAUGACUCUCGGCACUCCACGCUAAUUGGGUCAUUUGGUUGUUCUGACCCUGCAAUAGCUGAAAAAUCAUAGAUUCCCAUGGUACAGAUUAUAGUGCACAGUGCUAAUUUCAGGCAACAGGGCAUCCGAUAAUGUAGUAGUAAAUUACUAUCUGCUCAAAUUGUUUGCUUAAUAUUCAUAGCGAAGGAGUAGGAUUGCUGAAUAUUACAUAACUUGAGUAAGUCUUCACCAUAAGCAGUGAUGGGAUUCUUGAAAUUAUGCAAAAUAUCAAUGGUUUUAAAUUGUCAUAUAAUAAUUAUUUCAUCUACAAUUAAUUAUAUCCUAAUGUUGCAUAGCAAAGCCCACAAGUUUUCAGAUUACCUGUCCAGCAAUAUUUUAAAGAAAAAAUGAAAAUAAUUUGCUACAAGUAACAUUUGAGCUGCAGCAGUUCAGAAAUUUCAGGUCAAACAUGAUUUUACCAGGAUGCUCUCGAAGUAAAAAGAAAGCUAUUUGUAUAAGCUUCUGCAGGAUUCUGGAAUCUGGUGCUAUACCCUAUCUGUUUACAAAUCUGUGGCAAAUGAGAAGCACAUCAUUUACCUCUUAUGAAUUUCAGAUAAUUGUUGCUUCUUUUACAAAGUACAACUGGAUUAAUAAGAUGAGGUUGUGUUGAUGCUACUUUGCAAUUAGUGUAUUUGUGCCAUUCAUGAGAACAAUCUGUAAAGUGAUAAAGCUUUUGAUCUUUGUAAUAAAUGAGUUGGAAACCUGUGUC